UUACUGCAACAGGCAGGGCGGAACUCUUUGCAGCAUGUCCAAGGAAGAUGGAUAGUCAGAUAGGCAGAGUUACAGCCAAACCUAACUGCUAAGUAGUUACCAUGCCGAUGAGAUAGGUCAAAUCCCCAGUUUAUUUCACGGCAUUGCGGAUACCAUCGUGACUUGUUUUGGGUGUUUCAGAAGUGUUUGAACUUCCCUCACAUUUUCCCCAACGUAUUUUCACGAAGGGAGGCGGCGGUGGAGCGGUCGGCAGCCAUCUUUGGACCUGCCUGGGAGUGGGAUUCAACUGUUCUGGCACUCCAGUUACUUCAAGGGUGGGGAUUUUAACCUAUAAUAACUCACUAACAUGUAUGUUAUAAUCGAGUGACAUCGCUAAUAGCCACAAGGAUUUGGCGUACGAAGUUGCCGAACCGGGGAAGAAACAGGAGAAAUAACGUUACUUUUAUAAUCCCAAACUGUUUUGAAUUAGCUACACGACAUUCUCCAAAGCGCUGGGACCUGGCCUGUCAGAAGAGGCUCUGAACACAUGUGAGACCACUGUCCUGCAGAUGAACCAUCAGUGGGGGCUCUCAAGUCGCUGUUGCAGACCCAGACAGUUGCUGGCGGCAGCGGCCUUGCCCCCCAGCUCCCCAUUAUGCCCAACAGCAGUCGGGCGGGGAGCCUGAAGGACCCCGAAAUUGCUGAGCUCUUCUACAAGGAGGACCCAGAAAAGCUCUUCACAGAUCUGCGUGAGAUUGGACAUGGCAGCUUUGGUGCUGUAUAUUUUGCACGGGAUGUGCGGACAAAUGAGGUGGUGGCCAUCAAGAAGAUGUCCUACAAUGGAAAGCAGUCCAGUGAGAAAUGGCAAGACAUAAUCAAAGAGGUGAAAUUCCUGCAGAGAAUACAACAUCCAAACAGCAUAGAGUACAAAGGAUGUUACCUGCGAGAGCACACCGCCUGGCUGGUAAUGGAGUAUUGUCUGGGCUCUGCUUCAGAUUUGUUAGAAGUUCACAAAAAACCUCUGCAAGAAGUCGAAAUAGCUGCAAUUACCCAUGGUGCUCUACAAGGGUUGGCCUAUCUUCACUCCCAUAGCAUGAUUCACCGAGAUAUAAAGGCAGGGAACAUCCUGCUGACAGAACCAGGGCAAGUAAAGCUAGCAGAUUUCGGUUCUGCUUCCAUUGCCUGUCCGGCCAACUCCUUUGUUGGGACUCCAUAUUGGAUGGCCCCAGAAGUAAUUUUAGCUAUGGAUGAGGGUCAGUAUGAUGGAAAGGUGGACAUUUGGUCUUUGGGGAUUACAUGCAUUGAAUUAGCUGAGAGGAAGCCUCCACUGUUCAACAUGAAUGCAAUGAGUGCCUUAUACCAUAUAGCACAGAAUGAGAGCCCCACACUGCAGUCGAGUGAAUGGUCGGAUUAUUUUCGAAACUUUGUAGAUUCUUGCCUUCAGAAAUUUCCCCAGGAUAGACCCAACUCUGAGGAGCUCUUAAAGCAUGCAUUUGUACAGCGUGAGCGGCCAGAUUCAGUUUUAAUAGACCUCAUAAGUCGGACUAAGGAUGCAGUGCGGGAGCUGGACAAUCUGCAGUAUCGUAAAAUGAAGAAGAUCUUGUUUCAGGAAGCCCACAAUGGCCCCACAACUGAGGCACAAGAUGAAGAGGAGGAGCCAGAGCACAGUGUGGGUAGGACAGGUACAGUGAACAGCGUGGGGAGCAACCAAUCCAUCCCCAGUAUGUCAAUCAGUGCCAGUUCCCAGAGCAGCUCAGUCAACAGUCUAACUGAUGCUGGUGAUGAUAAGAGUGAGGUGGACAUGGAGGGAGACCAUACAGUCAUGUCCAACAGCUCCGUCAUACACCUCAAGCCGGAGGAACAGUCAUAUAAUCAAGUGUCAGAACCUCACACCCGUCCAACUGAACCACAGUCACCACCCGCACACGCUCCGCGGCCAAAACGAAACCGUGAACACUUUGCCACCAUACGCACAGCUUCAGUGCUCACUCGCCAGAUUAAGGAGCACGAGCAGGAUUCUGAGUUAAGGGAGCAGAUACUGGGCUACAAGCGCAUGAGACGGCAGCACCAGAAACAGCUGAUGGCUCUGGAAAACAAGCUGAAAGCUGAGAUGGAUGAGCACAGGCUUCGUCUGGACAAGGAGCUGGAGAACCAGAGAAAUAGCUUUGCCCAGGAAAUGGAAAAACUGAUCAAGAAACACCAGGCAUCCAUGGAGAAAGAUGCAAAAACAUUUAGCAAUGAUGAAAAGAGGUUUCAACAGCAUAUCCAGAGUCAGCAGAAGAAAGAGCUCAACAGCUUCUUAGAAUCCCAAAAACGGGAGUACAAACUUCGCAAGGAACAACUGAAAGAGGAACUGAAUGAAAACCAGUCAACGCCCAAGAAAGAAAAGCAGGAGUGGUUGUCCAAGCAGAAGGAGAACUUCCAACACUUCCAAGCGGAGGAGGAAGCUAACUUACAGCGUAGACAGAGGCAAUAUCUAGAGCUUGAGUGCCGCAGGUUCAAACGAAGGAUCUUGAUUGCUCGCCACAAUAUUGAACAGGACCUAGUGCGAGAGGAGCUAAACAAGCGUCAGACCCAGAAAGACCUGGAACAUGCUAUGCUUCUCCGGCACCAUGAGUCCAUGCAAGAGUUGGAGUUCCGCCAGCUUAACACCAUCCAAAAGACGAGGGCCGAGCUGAUCCGCCUGCAGCACCAGACAGAGCUCACCAAUCAGCAGGAGUACAACAAGAGGAGGGAGAGGGAACUCCGACGCAAACAUGUUAUGGAGGUUCGCCAGCAACCCAAGAGCCUCAAGUCCAAAGAGCUACAGAUCAAGAAGCAGUUUCAGGACACGUGUAAGAUCCAGACCAGGCAGUACAAAGCACUGCGGAACCAUCUGCUGGAGACCACACCGAAGUCUGAGCACAAGGCUGUCCUUAAACGGAUGAAGCAGGAGCAGCACCGCAAACUCGCCAUCUUGGCAGAACAAUAUGACCACUCCAUCAAUGAGAUGCUUUCCACUCAGGCGCUCCGCCUGGAUGAGACUCAGGAGGCUCAGUGCCAAGGUCUACGCAUGCAACUGCAGCAGGAGCUGGAGCUUCUCAACGCCUACCAGAGCAAGAUCAAGAUGCAGACAGAAUCACAGCAUGACCGAGAGAAGAAGGACCUGGAGCAAAGGGUGUCACUCCGAAGGGGCCUGUUGGAACAGAAGAUUGAGGAGGAGAUGAUGUCCUUGCAGAAUGAACGCUUGGAACGAAUCCGGAGUCUCCUCGAACGUCAGGCCCGAGAAGUUGAGGCUUUUGACUCAGAGAGUAUGCGCCUGGGCUUUAGCAACAUGGUGCUCUCAAACAUCUCCCCAGAGGCCCUCAGCAAUAGCUUUCCUGGGGCUCCAGGAAACUGGAGUCACCAUCUGCAGCAGCACCCAUCUAGGAGCUCCCAAGGGUCAUACAGGGGCAGUGGCAGUUCAGGUGCAGGGUCAAGCCGCCAAGGCAGCCAACACCACUAUCAUUCUAGUCCAGGAGGAGCACCUAUGCAUCAGAGCUGGGGUCAGGGUAUGCAAGGAGGUGGGGGUCAAUCACCAUGGGGCCACCCAUCAGCAGUAGCCCUGGUCUCUCGCAGCAGUGGAGGUGUACAGAAUAGCCCCCAAGCAAUGGGGAGGACACCUUCGGGAGGGCGCAGUGAGCAGGGCAUGAGCAGGAGUUCCAGUAUCACCUCUCAAAUAUCCAACGGGUCACACCUCUCCUACACAUAGAUCCCUGGUCAGCCAUGGAGUCAGGGUUUGAGCCUGGAGAUGUAGAAUCCAGCAGACAAAGCAGGACAGAGUAUUUGCUGAUCUCUGCUGCGCUCUCUCUCUGUGACACUUGCCUUCAGUUUCCCCCAUGUACAGAUGUGGAUGUGUGAUGAAAUAAAUGUUGCUCAGGUCAAAAGGGCUGGAAGAGGUGCAGCCCAUCCUCACGGCAGUUUAUCGGCACACAUACAAAUCCUUAAAUUUGUUACAUAAGCAAAUUGAGUGUCAACACAUAAUAAUCCAAAUUUUUUAUUUACAGCUCUCCUAUUAAAUUUUUUACCAUAUAUGUGUUGUACUGUUCACAGCCAUUGCUCUCAUUUUGCACAUGAAACACUGUCCAAAAGUCUUUGACAUGUGUUAACUAUGUCCCUGAGAAAUAUGGUUUUAAUCACAGUAACAUUAUUUAGGAUCCCCUACUCCACACCCAGUCCACAUUUCUUCUUCGUAUUCAGUUCUACACUGGCCGAUUCUCUGACGGUGGUUAAAAAAAGCAGCGGACUUGAGAUGUUUUUGCUUUGCUGUUGUGAUACCAGCCUGCUGUAAUGGUCAUUGUGAUAAAUUAGAGAUUUGUUUUAUUCUGCUGUUUUAUUUCACCUGAUUUUUUUUUUGAUUUUUUUUUUCCUGGUCAUCGGCCACAUUCAGAGCCAAAUAUAUGAACCCCAAAUGUUUCAGGCUUCUAUUAAAACACUACUGCAGUGCCUUUUAUCAUUUGAUUAUAGAAAAUCUCUUAGAUAUUUGUAGUUUAAUAUUUUAAAUGUCACAAGUUUCUCAUCGGUGCCAGUGUAUGUUUAGUUCAGUCUGUUUACACCUGUUUUUAGUUAGAGGUCCCAGUUACUUUUCUCAGAUUAUAAUAUUUGCCAGCAUGGUGUGAAGUUGAUUUAAAUCUUGUAAAUGGUGAGAAACAUAAAAUACCUUGUGCAUAUCAAUAACUAUAGUUUUAGGUCCUUGGAGUUGUGGUACUCGAGGGGUGAAACCCCUGCACUACAGGGAAUGUCGUGCUUGUUUGCCUUCAGAAACCUUGCAUUGAUCUGUUGAAAUUUUUUUUCAGUGCCUUUUAAAACUACUGCCUUUAGCAAAGCACUUUAUACAGAUAAAUAUGUAUAAAAUUAAUAUUUGACUUCUUUUCACAGAGUACCUGGUGGAUUAGUGUUGUCGGUACGUGCGUAGUUAAGUUGAGGAGUUCGUUGUUGUCGUGUGUGGGUGUCCUUUCCCACGAGCAAUUUCCCACGUAUGAACCAGCCUAGUGUAUGGCAACAUAGAAUGAGUGAGUGAAAUCCCCCCCACCCCCGUUUUGCCACUGUAACUGUUGUGUUGUUGGUUAUUUCCUCAGUGUAUUUUGAGUGAAGAGUGGAUGAGAGGAUGCUGCAGACCUUUACCUAAGAUAAAGUGAACUGGGUUAACUGAAGAGUUGUUUAUGAGCAGGCAGGAAGCUUAAGAUAAUUGUUGUGACCAUGACAGCAGGCUUGGCAGUACUAAGUAAACUACAACACAGUUAAAAUAUUGGGGCCCAGUUAAACAACACUAAAAAUGUACAAUGUGCUGAGUUAACAGCAUUUCACCAUCUGAUUAGAAGCCAAGAACAAGGGUGACUGAAUCAAGCACAUCCUCACAUGACGACAUUGUAGCAUGUGCCUAUAAAUAUUAAGUUGAAUCAGUGCACACUAUAAAAAUGGCCAAAUGCAAAAUAAAUGUGGCAAAAAGCACUUAGUAUUUCCUUUAUAGCAGUUUCUCCCUGAAUGCAUUUCUGCUUGCUUGCUGGUUCAUAGCUGAAAAUUUCACUGGAGAUGUUGGUGCUUUCUGUUCAAGGUUCCAUGUCCUCACUGAGAAUCUAAAAACACUUAGCACAAAAAUCCUUUAAGGAAAUGAUCCAGAGAGAACAUUAAUAUACAGUAUUCUGCCCAAAUCACAAAGCUGGAGUUACAUGUUCAUAUGUGUAUGUUUUAUUACAAAAAGACAUUUAAAAACGAAACACACGUAAAUAGUGAAUUUCUAAAACUAGCUUUAACUGACAGCCCACACUGAUAAUAGAAAACCUUUUACCCUCUAAGUGGCGUUGAGCUGUCAGGACAUAGCUCAUUGGAGUUUCGUCCUUCUUGGUUUUGUCUACAGACAAAAUGCCUCAUGCAUGCUUUUGCUGUCAAUCCCUUUAAAUGCCACUUGUUUAAUCAACAGGCCAUCUCUGAGCAUCAACACUGCAGAGUUCGUUCUCCCUUUCUCAGAGCCACAGACACUGGCUCUUUCUGAAUGUCAUACUGUGAUAUAUUCCUAUCACAUUUGAGGGCACCAAGAUGCUGAGGUUCUUUCUUAAAUCUGUGUGAUGAAAUAUGUGUAUACCUAGAAAGGUUUAGUUUAGUUUGGUCCCAAAAGCCUUGUUGUUGUUUUAAAUGCCAAGUUCGAGCUACUGUAACACAACAGGCUAUUUGCAUAAAUUCUUUUCUAGUUCUUUUGAUAUUUGGUUAAGAAAAGGGGGAUAUAUUUAUAAUUAUUGGAAUCUUACCUUAAGCCAAAAGCCAAGGCCAAGAGUUGAGUGUUGGGCCAAUCAAACCUCACAUACACGCCAACCUUAAGUUUGUAUGCACACUUGAUUUUCUUGUUUUUGUCAGUGUUGUGCGUGAGGGAGUCUGGAUAUUGUUGUCAAUCAUUGUCCAUUGUAAGACCUCUCCACCAACCUAGAUUUUAUAUAUUUUUUGAAUUUACAUCUUUUUUUUCUUUUUUUUUUAUAAACUUUGUUGUCAAAUUUUUUGUCCUACUGACUGAGAGCAUAUAAGAUAACUGAAUGAGAAUUGGCAAGAGAAAAUGGUGAUCCUUUGUAUGGUCAAACACUGUGCCAUACCUGAGUGGCCAAGCCCAGAUGAGGCUGUACUGCCUCAGCUCCAUCCUUUUACCUAUCACUGGGCUGACGACAUGACGGGUAUGAAAACUGUAAACAAGUUGGUUCUGGUCUAGUACCUAAAGUAAAAAAGGCUUGAAAAGAUGAUGUGGUGACAGGCAAAUGAUGAAGAGAGAUUGCAUUUCUUUGAAGAUGUCAGUAUUCUUUUUUUUUUUUUUUUUUUUUUUUGGCACAUUACCACUACAACUCAUAACCUGUAUUAAAAUGUAUAGAUGGUGGAACUUGUUAUUGAAUGCCAGAGAGAUUGUGAAGAUACUACAUAAGAGAUAGUAAAGUACUAAAAGUGAAUUUAAAUUCUGUAAAAAGAUUCAUGAAACAAUUAAAAUAGGAUUGACGUUACUAUUUUGUUUGUAUUAUAUUUACGGUUGUGUUAGCAGAGGGUUAUUGAACAGAAAUCAGCUGUAAUAAAGUAAUUUUAGUAUAACUCACCUUGUGUGUUA